CUACUCUAAAAUCUCUUCGACUCUCCCUCAUUGCAUCAAGUAUCAACACUCUUAUCGGAUUUUGUUUUUUUCGCACCUACCAAGUUUCGAGUGAACUCGCCGACGCCAUGAGCGACUCGGAAGUCCAACUCGGCGAGGGCCAGAAUGAUUCGGCUGCGGCAGCGGCAGCGGCCUCGAACUUGCCUGUCGAGAAGACGCCGGAGGAGCUGGUGGCGAAGGCCGUCGCUCCGGUGAAACGAGAGUUCCUCCGUCCUCCGCCACUCAGGCCUUCUUCGAACAACCGCGGCGGCGCCGUUUCGGAGGAGAAAGCUGAGCCUCCUCAGUCUGCCAUCGUUAAGGAGAAGAAGUCCAAGCGUCAACUCAAACGCGAACGCCGCGAGCAAAAGAAAUCGACUUCGCAUAUCUGCCCUGUGGUUGCGAAGACAGGAGAUGUUAGUUCUUGUCCUUAUAAUGAUAAGUGCCGCUUCAGCCACGACAUCGAAGCUUACAAGGAUCAGAGACCAGAUGAUUUAGAGGGAGAAUGCCCGUUUGUAAGCGCUGAAGAGCCGUGCCCUUAUGGUUUGACAUGCAGAUUUUUGGGUACACAUCGCGAAGAUGUUUCUGUAGAAUGUAUUAAUGCUUGCAGGAAUAGAUCCGAGAUGAAUGUAUUCAGCAAAGACGUUCAAAAGCUGUUGUGGAAGAACAAAAUGAGCUUCCCAAAGGCUGAUGCCAAACUUAAAGAUCUUGGACUCCUGAAGCAUGCCAAUUCUAAAGCAAAAAUUUCGGUAGAUAAAGAGGAUGAUCAAAUUGCUUUAAGAAAAUGUCAAGUUACCAAUGGAAAUGGCCCUAUUGACUUGACGGACAAGGAUAGUGAAAUGGAAAUAUCUGCUAGAAUAACAGAAAAUGAUGCUGCUGAUGAAACACCUGAAUCCAAUGAACUACCGCCUUUGAAGAAACCAAAAUGUGUAGUUUCAGAGUGUUGUUCCAGUGAAGCAGAAGAUGCAGAUGUAUUUGUCGUGGAGAAGGUUGUCAGUGAAAACUGCAACCAACCUGAAGCAGAAGCUACUGCUGAUAUGGUAACCCCUGAAGCCGAUAGAAGCCUAAAAUUACACCCACGUGAAAAGAAGAUUAUUGAUUUUAGAGAAAAGUUAUAUCUCGCACCUCUUACCACUGUUGGCAAUCUUCCUUUUAGAAGGGUUUGCAAAGUUUUAGGGGCUGACGUGACAUGUGGUGAAAUGGCAAUGUGUACGAAUCUUUUGCAGGGCCAAGCAUCAGAAUGGGCACUGCUGAGACGCCAUACAUCUGAGGAUUUGUUUGGUGUACAAAUAUGUGGAGCAUUUCCAGACACUGUGGCUCGUGCUGUUGAGCUUAUAGAUCAGGAAUGUUCCGUGGACUUUAUUGAUAUAAAUAUGGGGUGCCCAAUUGAUAUUGUGGUUAACAAGGGUGCUGGAUCUGCUCUUCUUAUGAAGCCCAUGCGAUUGAAAGGGGUCGUAGAAGCAGCUUCUGGCACGGUGGAAAAACCUAUAACCAUUAAGGUGCGGACUGCCUAUUUUGAAGGGAAAAAUCGCAUUGAUUCACUUAUUGCAGACAUUGGCAACUGGGGAGCCAGUGCAGUAACAAUACAUGGUCGAUCGAGACAGCAACGUUAUAGCAAGCUUGCGGAUUGGGAAUACAUAUACCAGUGUGCCAUAAAAGCCCCUGAUCCUUUGCAAGUACUGGGAAAUGGAGAUAUUUUUUCGUACUUGGAUUGGAACAAGCAUAAGGCUGACUGCCCUGAGCUAUCUUCCUGCAUGAUUGCUCGAGGAGCGCUAGUUAAGCCUUGGAUAUUUACUGAAAUCAAGGAGCAAAGGCACUUGGACAUCAGUUCUGGAGAACGAUUAGACAUUUUGAAGAAUUUUGUACGUUUUGGCCUUGAACAUUGGGGUUCUGAUACUAAAGGUGUUGAGACAACUAGGCGUUUCCUGUUGGAAUGGCUUAGCUAUACAUGUAGAUAUAUACCUGUUGGUCUUCUAGACAUCAUCCCACAACGACUAAACUGGCGCCCACCGUCCUACUAUGGUCGUGACGACCUCGAGACACUAAUGGCUUCUGAUUCUGCUGCUGAUUGGCUAAGGAUCUCGGAAAUGUUGCUCGGAAAGGUUCCCGAUGGUUUCACUUUUGCACCAAAGCAUAAAUCCAAUGCAUAUGAUACAGCAGAAAAUGGCUGAUUGCAUAUUUGAUUGGUAUGCUAAUUAUCCGUACGAUCCGAUGACAGAAUUCAGCUGUUGAAAGUUCAUUCUUGUCUCUAUUUAUCUCAUCAAUACGGGCACAUGUGGGUUCAUGUAAUAAGGAAAAACCGGGCAGGGUUUGUCCCAUUAACUCUAAUACCAUAAAGUUGUAUGAGAGAUGCCUAUUUUUCGGCCGACUAUGAACUUUAGAGCGAACUCGUUUAGAUUUUAUACCAAGUGUGCCUUUUUUACA